GAACUGAGUUUAUCUCACAGCAUCACAUAGUUCAAAUGAGGGAACAAAUGGAAUAAGUCGAACGCUGGGUCGAACACCGAAACCGCUGCAAAUGCCUACAGUCCAGGCGGUGCAGUGGCGUGUGGCGGUCGCGCACAGACCGCCCUUCAUCUUUGUUAACGAUGGAGGCAACGGGUCGACACUGUACAGCGGAAUGCUCAUAGAGCUCCUGAACAGAGUCAUUGCCACCCAAAGCGAGGCAGCCAUCACAUAUUCCCUGUAUACAUCGCCAACUAAUGCUGGAGGCACGCUCGACUCGAAUGGAGCUUGGAGCGGCGUGGUCGGCGAGCUGGUGUAUGGCCGCGCUGAUGUCGUGCUCUUCCCGCUAACACGGACUGCGAGUCGGCUGUCGGCCAUCGACUGUACGUUCAGCUACCUGGACCAGGGCCUGUCCCUGCUGAUCAGGUGCGAACGGCACAGUGCCCCACACCUGCCUCGCGGGCUGCUGGAUCUGGCAGACAGGGAGUCCGCUGCCUGUUACGCUCAUCCUCCUCCUCUUGCGCCCAGCCUCCGCCCUGACAAGCCAAGGGACGAGCAGCACGGCCCGGGCCCGCUGUCGGUGCUGGAGCCGUUCAAGAUGACGCUGUGGCUGACGCUGCUGUGCACGGUGGUGGGCGUGGCGGUGGUGUUCUGGCUGCUGGACCUGUACAGCAAGUGGAUUCGCACGAGGCAGACGCGCGCGCUGCGGCGCACAGGCGUGCUCACGGGGCGGGCGGCGGCGCGGGCCAAACAAGACGAGGACAGCCACGUCUUCAUCAGCUUCAUGGCGGCGGCCGGAGCGCCGGAGCGGCCCCGCCGCAGCAGCUGGGGCGUGCAGGUGCUGUACCUCGCCUACUGCUUCUUCUGCCUGAUCGUGCUGUCCUCCUACACAGCCAACCUGACGUCCUUUCUGGCGGUGCGCCGCGCGGCGGUCGGCAUCCAGGGCCUGCAGGACCUGGUGCGCGACAACGCACUGAUUGGCGUGAACCCCAACGGCUCCACCGCCGCCUACUUCGCCUCCAGCCAGGACACACUCGCCACGCAGCUACAGCCCAGGGUACGCUACUGCGCCACGGACACGUGCCUGGCCUGGCUGCGUGCGGGCGAGGUGUCGGCGUUCGUGUCGGACCAGCCGCUGCUCGACUACAUAGCGCAGCAGCAGCCCUGUGACCUGCAGGUGGUGGGAGACCCCUUCGGGCCAGGCAACCUAGUGAUUGGGCUGCAGAAGGGCUCUCCCUGGCUGCCGCUCAUCAACAACGCCAUGCAGGCAUUCAGCGAGGACGGUACGCUCUCAACACUGUACCGCACCUGGUUUGACGGCCUGAGCCAGUGCGACGACGGCACCGCCGCGAUUCUGGACAGCAGCCGCCUAGGCGUGGACCAGAUGCUGGGAGCCUUUGUGUUCCUGUUAUUCGGAGGCCUGGCGGCAUUCGCCAUCUCCAACUGCGAGAACCUCAAGUGGUGCCUGGUGCGCGCCUACAGCACACCCAGCGCCAUGAGCCGCAUGUCCUCCAACGGCGGCGUGCGCAGCUCCUGGCACCGCAUCUCCUCCAACCUCCUGGGAGUCAACGACCUCCUGGAGGAGGCGGGCGUGGUGCCAUGGCCCAACCCCCAGCAGCCGCCGCUGCCGCCCGGGGCGGAGCCGCAGGCGCUGGAGCAGCAGCAGGCGCAGCAGGCGCAGCCGGACGGCUGGGGACAGCCGCCAUGCCAAGGGCUUGUCGGCAAAGGCGGCGCCCUCGAUCCCAACGGCAACAGCGGAGCCUUCCACGUGCAGGCGGAUCAGCACGGAGUGGCAGUAGUGGCGGCGCAGCAGCGGCAGCAGCAGCAGCAGCAGCAGCAGCAGCAGCAGCAGCAGCUACAGCCCAUGAGCCAGUGGGGCCCACACCAAGGGCCGCAGCAUGGGCCGCCGGGCGAUCCGGGCAUGCGGCCGCCACACAUGACGGCGUCUGGUCGCGUGCUGCCGGGCGCGGCGGUAGCGGGGCUGGUGGGGCUGGUCUCCCGCAAGUCAGGCUUUACGCACUCGCCGCGGUUCCGGGAGCCCUCGGACUUUGGUGCGGAUGUGGAGGAGCCCGACGACGCGGCAGAGGGGCAGCAGGAGGCAGUGCCCGUGCAGGAGGCAGCGGCAGUAGCCAUUAGCCACGCGGCAACUGCUGGCCAGCGGCACGGCACAGUGGAGCUGCGGUCCGUGGCUGCAGCAGCGCAGCAGCACCGCGCUGAUGAUAGCACCAUCGGCCGGCAGGGCAGUAGCAGCCGUGACCGCUAUAGCAGCGAACGCGAGCCACAUCAAAGGGGCAACAGCUACCUGCUACAGCCGACAGGGACCGUCGAUAGCUGCACGCUGCUACUGCCGCGCGGUGCACGCAGCAGCGACGGUCGCAGCGCCGUACCCAGUGUCUUGCCCAUGUCUGAGGCAGUAGCGGAUGCAGGCGCGGCAGGCCUGUCAGCAGGGGCUGCGCCUGCUGCGGGCGCACAGGCUGGCGGCGGCAGUAGCUGGCGGCGCAACCCGCUUGCGGCCAGCGGCGUCGCUGGUCAUCACACCAGUGGCGGGGACACAUGCGACGCUGGCAUUGACGAGGAGGAGGUCAGCAACCGCGGCAGCAGCUGCAGCGGCACGUACGUGAGCGGCUCGGCGUUGGACGUGACGCACACGGGCACGUCGGGCCAGGACAGCAGCGGGGAUGUGUGGGGUUCAGCAGCUGAGAAACGCAGCGGCGGCCGGCUGGGCGGCGGAAGCAGCAGCAAUGCCUGUACAGGUGCGGGCUCAGGCGGGGCCGGGGCAGUGCGCGCCUACCGGCCGCCGUCCCUUGUGCAGGCCACGGCACAUGCGCAUGCCACGGCACGUCUCGGCAGCCCCCUGGGGCCGAUGUGCCGCCCGCCGCCGCCCAUCCAGCUGCAGCUGCUGCCGGCACAGCAGCAGUGGGCUCCUGCUGCGUCCCACCAUCAUCAUCACCGGCGGCACUCACAGCAUGCCGCCCUGGACUCCCAACAGCAGCUGCCCACCCCGCAGCCGCAGCCCCAGCAGCGCGCGCCCGCUGGGCUGAGCGGACUUGAUAAGGGUAGCGGCGGCUGCAGCGGCGGCGGCAGUAGCAGCGGCGGCAGCUCCCUGCAGCCGCCAGUGCCUCAGCCGCAGGUGGCUACUGCCACGCGCGAAGGCGGGAGCGACCUCCUGCUGGCCGCGAGCGCUUCUCAGCUGCCGCUGGUGCCGCCGGCGCUGCUCGCACUGGUGAACGGAACACGACUGCCGCUGCCGCCCUCCGGGCCGCCGCGGCCCUCUGGCACUGCCGCAUCAAAAUGGAUUGCGCUCGGCUCAGUGGCCGGCGGCAGCCGCACAGCAGCGCCCGCGACGGGGAUCCUGACUGCAGCUGGGCCGGCUGUAGCAGCAGGCGAGUCACCCCUGGCAUCGCCCCCGCCGGCAUGGGCGCUGACGAGCGGUGGUGGCACGAGUAAUCCAGACACCGCCAUGGCGUCCUUCGUAACGGCACCAGACGCGAUAAUGUCGACGCUCAACCACUCCGGACCCGUGCUUAAGAUGGCCGCGGGGCCGGCGACUGGCGCCGAGCAUGCGCAGCCGGGGUCAGCAGCUGCCCUUGCGACAGGUGUGGUGGGCACGCCCAGCCCGCGGCGGCAAGCGGCAGACAGAGAUGGCGAGGACGCAUGUAUGGGGGGAGGCGAGAGCAUCGUUUCUUUCCUGUACCAGCCGCCACUGCCCCCGCCGCGGUGGUGACAUCUAUUGCAUGCAAGGUGGGGUGGUAGCCGCGCACGUGUCAAUCACUGCUUGCGAUGAUUGCAACACGUCAUUGUAUUGAAUAACUACAAUUACAGAUGAUGUAACAUUUGGUGAGCUCUUCCAAGGUUGGUGCAGGUUUAUAUACGUGCCGCGUGCCGCCGUGCCGCCGGCAACUGCAUGGCAUGACUCAGCCGGCACCCACGAUGUGUACGCACACAUGCAGCUCGUAAUCAGCACUUGGAUUUGGGCGCUCUGCAUUGAUGCAGACUGGGUGAUAAGUUCCGCGUUGGUCACUAGUGGUUGCGCGACGUGGCAGUUUGCAAAUUUUUGGCACCUCACGGGGUGGGACGUACUGACAUGCAUGUCAUAACUCAGCGUUGCCGGCGCGUUCCAUGCACCAGCAGCCUUUGCCCAGAAACGGGUGAUGGGGCGGUUGGCACCGUAGGAAGUUUGAUGCCGCCGAGGGUCGCGCACAGGCCGUGGCUCUCUCAACUGGUAUUUCAUGCUGCUGGCUGCGGAACUCCAUUUUU